GGUCGAAUUGAAUUAUGUAAUCGAUGUAUAUGAAUCGACUUUGUGUUCUUUCGAAUAGAUUCAGCACCUCUCCAAAAGUAAUUCUAAACAUGGCUGCUAAGACCCAUGUGGAUAGCAGUGUGGGAGAAAGAAGGCUUCGUCCAAUUUAUGAAUGGUUGGAUAAUGGGAACAAUAAGAAGGCUUUGCAAGAAGCAGAGAAGGUUUUGAAGAAACAACCAAAUUUCCUUUGUGCCAAGGUUCUAAAAGCACUGGCUCUCCUUCGUUUGGGCAAGGAGGAGGAAUGUGAUCACUUGCUGGAGGCAGUUCGUGCAGAGGUGCCUGCAGACGAUUCCACUCUGCAGGCCAUGACCAUUUGUUAUCGGGAAGUGCACAGGCCCGAGCGGAUUUGUGCAAUCUAUGAAGCUGCAGUGCGUAAGGAACCUGGAAGCGAGGAGUUGUUGACACAUCUCUUCAUGGCAUAUGUCCGUGUUGCAGACUACAAGAAGCAACAAAAAACAGCACUUCAGUUGUACAAAUUAAAACCAAAAAAUCCAUAUUAUUUUUGGGCAGUGAUGAGUGUUGUAAUGCAGGCACACAAAGCUGAACCUCAACUCGCGCAGGGAGUGGUGCUGCCUCUGGCAGAGCGCAUGGUUCAGAAGCUGGUGAAUGAAGAUCGCAUAGAGGCUGAACAGGAGGUGCAGCUCUACCUGAUGGUGCUGGAGAUGCAGUCCAAGUAUGAAGAAGCACUUCGGGUGGUGGAGGGCCCUUUGGGAGAGAAACUGGUCUCUUACGUUGUUGUUCCCUUGAAACGAGCUUCCCUGUUAAUGAAACUGGAGAGGUGGCGAGAAGCAAAUGUACUCUACAAACAGCUGCUCAGAGAAGACAUGGAUCGAUGGUCUUAUCUCAUGAAUUAUCUUACUACAUCACUGAAGCUUUUUGACUCUGGCCAACAGAAUGGCAAUAACAACACCAUGAACAACAGUAGUUCCACUGCAAAUAACAAUAUCAACAAUAAUCGGCGUAAUAGCUCAUCUGUUGCUGAUAGUCCACAUGAGCAGUUGGGUGAUGAUGCAAACGAGAGUAUGUGGAGGGAACCUGACUCUUCCCCAACUGCCUGUUGUCGAUUUUUGGCACAUUUAGUGACAACAUCAGAGAAGGAGUCUCAGCGGCGGUUGCGUGGUCCAUAUCUGGCACAGCUAGAGCUGUUUCGGUUGCUCUCUGAUAGAGGGAUGGAUGCUGAACCCCUUUUGGGGAAACCUGCAGACCUCCUCAUACGCUACGUUGAACUCUUUGCCGAGAAGCCAUGUUGCGUGUCAGAUCUCCGGCGCUUCCUACCUUUGCUGCCAGAAUCAGAACGCUCUUCCUUCAUCCAGAAAGUGACGGCUGCUACAGUGUGGGAUCCUGUGGGUGGUGUGGCUGACUUACAGCGUCAUGUGUGUGGGCUGCAGUUGACACGCAUGCUUGGUGCACAUUUAGAGAUGACUGAAACUCAGCGACAGGUUCUUGCCACCGAGUUGCUCCUGUACUAUAAGAAGAGUAUGCACCUCUCCACUGAAAAUUUACAGACUGAAUUUGCGUGCAAUGAUCCAUAUGCAUUGCUGGCAGCACAUGUAUUAGUGGACAGCUAUCUCGCUACAGGCCAUAGUGCUCCCCUGGUACGUGCUGCCCAGACACUUGAGAUGGCCUUGGAGCGCUCUCCAUCAAACUUCCAUGUAAAGUUGCUUCUGCUGAGAGUUUAUUCAGUGCUGGGUGCUGGUGCAGCAGCAGAUGCUGUGUAUGAAAUGCUGGAUGUGAAGCAUAUGCAGCUUGAUUCCCUCGGGUACCUUCAUUGUGCACAGUUGGCAGCACUUGGGCAGCUGCGGGCAGCUGCAGCCCUUUAUGAGAUCACUCUCAAAUUCUUCACUGCUAAUUAUAAAGACGGUGUUGACCAUCUAACUUACUCUUAUAAAUUUGGUUCCUUCUUGAAAAUCAUGGAGUUUGUGGAGUUCUGUGAACGACUGAAUAACUCCCUCCACUAUGCAAUGACGACAGUGGAGCGCAUGUUGCUGGAGGUGAUGGAGUGUCCCACGGCAGCCCAAGCACGGACAGCGCUUUCUGGGAUGGAAGUGCAACCAUGGAAAGAUUCGGUAGCCUGGGAUGCCCUGCAGGACAACCGAGACACAAGCAUCCUAGUGGGUUGGGAACCCCCGUGCCGGUGA